ACCAUAUACGGUGUGUCAUCUGUCAAGUAUUCAGUCAGUCUUAACAUUUAAGUUUCAGUUACUAAAAACCGUUGAUCAGAAUAGUUCAGGGCGACUUAAACACUGUGAAAAGCGAAAUUGUUAUUGUUUAAUAACAUAUAAUGAUCUCUUGUUAAAACUAAUUUUUUACAUUUAAGAAUUAUUUUGUGCGCGACAGUGAGUUAUUUGGUCCAUCCGGUUUUACGGGGGCAGCCAUUUUAGUCUUGGAUUAUAACAUUUAGUGCUAAAACAAUGAAUUCACGUCCAAAUUCUAUGGCAAUGGCGGGCGGUGCCGGCCCGUUGAAGGCUUUGAAGGAUAAAAUGCAAAGUUUACGAGAGGAACUAGACGAAUAUCGAGAAAAGUUUGAGUUAGCAGAAAAGCAAGUUGCAGCAGAGAGGUUGGAACGAGAAAAGUGUGAGGAAGAGAUUAAGGGCUACACCCGUAGGAUCCAGCUGCUAGAAGAUGACUUGGACCGCACACAGCAAAAACUGGAGGAGGCCACUGGUAAACUGGAGGAGGCCACCAAAACAGCAGAUGAGAGUGAGAGAGCGAGAAGAGGCCUUGAAAACAAAACAUACUUAGAUGAAGGGCGGUUGGAGAAAUUAGAACAAAGUCUCAAACAAAUGGAACUCAUAGCAAAUGAGGCAGAGGCAAAAUACGAAGAGAGUGCUCGCAAAUUGAUAGUAACAGAAUCAACCUUAGAGAGAACUGAGGAUCAGUUGCAAGAAUACCAGAGAAAAGUACGCGAAUUGGAAGAAGAGCACAUGAGUUUAGGGCAACAAGCUAGGAGUUUUGAAUCUGAUUUUUAUAAGGCAUCUCAGAGAGAGGACAGCUACGAGGAGACGAUCCGCGACCUGACCCAGAGACUCAAGGACCGUGAGAGGAGGAUGGAGGACGCUGAGCGUGAGAAUGCCCGCCUCAAGGCCGAACAGGAGGCCAUGGAGAAGAAGUAUGAUGAGUUGAUGGUCAGCUAUAUGGCAAUUAAAGAGGAUAUGGAGAGCACAUUUGCCGAUCUUCAUAAUAUGUGAGCAUGUAAACCCGAGUGUAACCUUCAUAGUAGUGUAUCAAGAUGAGUUGCUUGCUGAAAAGGAGAAGUACAAGCAGAUUAGCGACGAGUUGGAUCAAACAUUUGCUGAAUUGGCUGGCAUGUGAGGAGGUCAACUUCCGUCCUACAAACAAAAUGGAAAACACACUUCAUCAACAUUUCAACGAUGCCUUGUUUCGCAGAUUAAUUAUCUUCAUAAAGCAGUAUUCAGCUUUAACUUUCGGACGAUGUAAAAAUAAACCAUGCUGAAGUGAAAUACUCUUGACUAAAAGACAUUUUUACUAGAAAUGUGAUUAAUUUGAAAAUAUUUUUUUUGAAAUUUGCUUUGAGCUUCCUAGUUUUUGUAAAUUUAGAGAGUAUGCGUGUGUGUUUUUCCAGGAGCAAAUUACAUUGUUUGCCUGUCGGGCAUUCUAUUAUUUAUAAAGAAUUGUUAUGGUUUGCUUAAUUUGUUUUGGUUAUUGUGGGUGAUAAAUUUUAAAUGUUUUCGUUAUGUUCAGGUGAUUCAGCAAAUGGUGUGUAAUGGUCGCUAUGUUCUACUGUAUAUUAACAUAAACUUACAUUAGCAAAAUCUAAAUCUCCUUUUUUUACAAAUAAUUUGUAUGUAUGUAUGUAUGUAAUUAAAAUAUGGCCAUCGUUCAGCCAAUGUUUUUGAGGUUACUUACUCCCUCUUAAUCUCGGACGUGGAAUUGUUUCACCAACGGGUUUUCUUAUAGAUCUGAGCAGCCCUGGGCCGUAAUUGACGAUAAUCUUGUAUCAUUUGUUUCGGUGUAGGGUUUAAAAGUGAGUGUCUGUCUUGUAAGCCGUGUGUUUUGUUCAUUUCGCUACAACUCCUCACUGGUGCAGUGUGUGAGUAGUCUCAUGAAACUUUGGCGUCUGCCUCGAGAAGGAGGUAGGGCGGGCCCUUGGCACGCUAGGAACGGGGGAGUCCAGACGGCAAGUGUACAGGUCUCUCUGACCCAUGUUAUAACAGCCAGUAACAUCAGGCUCAGCUCCAUAAGCAUUGAACAUCGCAUGCUUGACAUCUGAUCAGCCAUUGAACACCAUCAUAGUGGCAAUAUCCAGCCCCAUUGCCGUCUGGACUGCCCUACUUCACCAGCUUGCCAACGCCACCUUCCCGAUUUCUUAGGUGUAUUUACUGUUCAUAGACGUAUGUUAUUUGAACACUGUGUACAAAAAUGACUUGUAGCCCAAAUAAAUACAAAAAAAGAUCAUUAUAUCAUUUAUGGACAACAUAUUUACUAUGUAAAUUAAUAUUUGUAUUAUGCAAAAAUUGGCACCAAUUUUUAUUAUUGUGUCAUAGACAAUAUCGUUUGAUCAAAGCAGCUUAGUUUACUAAAUUUGUAGUAUUUUUGUUAAUAUGUCGUAUAGGGAGUUGUUGUAAAUAUGUCUUCGGAAUUAAGUUCGCUUGGCCUGUCACUGCGGAAACGUUUCUCCUGGAUAUUGCCAGUUUUGACUUAACCUUCAAUAAAAAAAAUAUUGUUACUCA